AUGGCACGCAUUCACAAGCACCCCGACUAUCAUCAAUCACCGUUGCUUACACGGUCAUCGACGCCCGAUCACGGAAUUAAUCACCGAAAUCAUCAGAAGGACGGCGACGGGUUGUUUGCGGCGCGAGAGUUGGUUGACAAAUGGCAGUUGGCAGCGUCACAUCUUUCCCACAUCACCGCCGGCCGCCUCACGCUAGGGUUAGUUUGCGACAUAGACCCAAGUCACCCCCAGGCACUUGAAGCUACUUCGCUCAUCACUACACCGCUUCGUCUACUUCCCCAGCUCCGGGAUUGCCAAAUCCGUCUCGGUAAUGCACCAGACCCUGGGCUCCAGAGGAUUGCUGGAGAAGCUGCCUUGCACGUGUGUAGACUCUCUCUCCCGCGUUACGAGUCCGCCGCAGUGCAGCUUCCACUGCCGCACUCUACCUCGCAACUAUGCUUUAUGGCUCUCCCACGGGAGCUACGCAUCUGUAUCUUGGAGUGCACCGACCUCGUAGCUCCCGGCAGAGAAGUUACAUGGAGUCGGCAGGACCAGCGAUACGUCAUGCAUCGCUUCCAUGGAAAAGUACUCUCCGAUAAUCUGCACCUACGCCCAUUCGUCCAGUGCUGGGAACAGCCAGACGACACGGUUCGCCCCAACGGCUGUUUUUGUCGUCGUUACCAUGCCUCGUUUACGCAACUGUGCAGAUGUUGGGCUCCGCCAGGACCGACGCUAUUUUUGAUCUGUCGCACAUGGUGUCAGGACGCCCAGUUCAUCUUCUUCACGCGGAAUCGGUUUGUCGUGCACGACUACCUGGACCACCCCUCUUGGGCAGCGCCGUAUUUGCCGCUCACGAAGCCCGAGGUGGAUGUGGAAACGGACGCAGUGGAGCUUCGGGAGCCAUUAGACCAAGCCAACGAGCCAGGUAUCCCGAGUGGUUCUACCACCACUGUUGGUAGUUGCGACUAUCCAUACCGCCGUCUUGCCGCGUCGCAAUUCCUCCGAGACGUGGUUCCAGUCCAUUGCCUCAUCUAUCUCCGUUUCGUUGAGCUCGUCUUCCCGCCAUAUCUCGCGUCUACUUGGCCCCAAGAUCAGCACCCAGCCAUUCAGGAUUGGCGCGCUACCAUCGACUGGCUACGAGAUAGGAUCAACGGCGCCGCGCUUACCAUCCGCCUUGUGACAGUAAAGCGUGGCGUGUUCAGCCCGGACGUAUACCACAAAGUUAUUUCACGAUCCGACGCUGACCACAUCCAUGAUGCCCAGAUGACGCUAGUGCGGUCCCUAAAGCCGUUGGCAACCUCUGGAGUUUCUCGGGUGUAUAUCCGUCUCAGCUUUCCCUGGGAUAUGACACCGAAUCUUUUCGGUCGGAACAAUCACUACUUGCAGAUUAUGCAGUGGGCAAAAAAGCGAAACGCGGAAGCCGAACAAUCUGUCCUCAGGGUGAAAUUUCAAGAACUAUAUUCAAAAUCGAAAGAGCCUACGGAAUCCUACUGGUGGCAUCGAUAUCACGGGCUGUACUAG